GGCCACGGUACUCUGUGGAACGACAUUAUCUCGUAAAUGAGAGCGUGCCGCAGUGAGGCUUUGGGCAAAACAUAUAGGCGAUCGUGUAGCGCAAUAGGAGCCAGCAACAAUCUCACCAGACAAAAUGUCGACGUUACAUUUUGUCGUACAUCCGCUCCCUGGUACAGAGGAUCAGCUUAACGACAGGAUACGCGACGUGGCCGAUAAAAUUAACAAAUAUGGUGUCCAAACAUUACCCGGAUUACAAUCCUUGAAAGUACCGGUAAAACAAAUCGUCAUCGGUCCGGCACAUCUCGGGAUACUACUCGAGGAUGGACGCGCCUUUCGAGUGGCCUUUUCCAUCAUACCUGAGAGGCUAGAUCUCAGCAAACAGGACGCCUCGAAGACCGGUGGAACCGGCGGCGGCGGUGGUGGUGGCGGUGGAGGCGGUGGAGGAGGGGGUUCUGGUGGUGGAGGCAGUGGUGGCGGAGGUGGUGGAGGAAAUCAAUCAUCGAACCAGUCGAACAACAACUCCAAGAGCACUCCUACCUCCAGGCAAUGUCGCUCCCGUGCGCGUAUUAUGCGCACAAGCAGUUCGGUUCGGGCCGGCAGCGGAUCACAGGGAUCCGGUUCACGCAGUACCGGUGUGAUUAUGGGCGGUGGAUCGUCCGGCAGCCGGUCGAUCGUAUCCGUUCCCGCUCCAUUCGUGCCGGAAGAACUGGUAGCGCAGGCUCAGGUGGUACUACAAGGCAAGAGCCGAAAUUUGAUUAUUCGUGAACUGCAGCGUACCAAUCUGGAUGUGAAUCUGGCCGUAAAUAAUCUAUUAUCGCGAGACGACGAGGGUGGAGAUGAUACGGAGGAAGGUAGCGAUAAUUAUGUGGCCGAGGAUUUGAUCUCCCUGUUGGAUGGUGGUUUCCAUCCGGAUAAUAGCGUCAUCAUCGAUGCGGAAGCUAUGUUCACCGACGAUGUAUUCGGAUUUUCGAAUAUACGAAAUUUGAUGUUAUACAGUCGUGCCCGUAGUGAACGAAAUCAAAACAAUUCAUCAUCCGCUGGAGGAAGUGGUGGUGGAUCUAGUGGUGCUGUCGGAUCUGCAGGAAAUAGCAAUGACGGUACGGUAACCGGUAGCCGUUCUAGCGGCAGUGGCGGUCAGUCCAGCGCAGCAGGUGCUGGAGCCGGCUCAUCAGCGAUCAUUUCCGGCAAUGCUCAGCCAGGUAGUGGUGGCUCAUCAGGUGGAGCCGGUGGACCCUCUGGCGUUUCUGGAGGCUCUGGACUGAGCAGUGCAGAACGCGAAGGAUUUGGACGAUGGCGGGAUCGGCAAUACUUUGGACCACGUCGUUGGUUUCAAGGAGGAAGGGAGGAUGUAUGGGAAAAGGAAGCAGGUGAUUCAAAAAAGAAGGACUAUUCAUCCGGAUAUCCCUUGUGGGUGUCGGAUGAGAUGGAGCCAUGGCCGGAGAAGGAACAUCCAGUGCGCUUCACGGAAAUAGCGUCAUUAUACUCCGAGUUUAUAGGCGUGACUGCCCGUGGUGAGAUACAUCAGUGGCGAUGGGCCGAUGCAGAACCGUAUCGUAGCAACGACGCAUCGAACGUUCACCAUCCGAAGACAAUUCCGUUGAACCUGUUGUACGAAAAGGUAACACACAUAUCGGCUACACUCAUCCGUUGCUCCGUUGCUACCGAGAGUGGCCGCAUUGCUACAUGGAUGGACGAGUUACUUGGUUACGCUGGUAACAAGCUGGAACAUAGUGCCACCAACUAUCCCGAGUUUGCACUCGAUCGGAUAGUGUCGCUACACACUUGCACGCUGUACACGGUGGCUCGCACGGAAAGCGGUGAAUUAUUUUGGUGGGGUGUGCUGCCAUUCGGUCAACGCAAACGCCUGUGGGAUAAGUAUCAAGCGAAGGCGAAGAAACCCAUACGACCAAGUGUGAACACACCGGAAGUAACAGUUGGGGCUCAAGUGUGCAUGAAAAGCUGCCCAAUGUACCAGCACGGUGCAAUUGGGUUUACCAUUUCGAAUGGCGUACCAAAAGUGGGGCAGUUGAUGAAUGCUGCUUGGGAAUUUACGAAGGUGUGCCGAUUCAAGCUGCUUUCGAUGUCCACUCUGUCGCAACAGCUGGCUGCCAGCACUCAGGGUGGAAGCACAGGUACACCGACCGGAUCAGUAAGUGCAAGUGGGUUGGGCACUAGCUCGACACUCUCCAGCAGCGGAAUUGCAGGUUCUUUGAGUGCUGGAUCGAACGCAAGCGGAAUAGGAUCACAAAGUUCAUCCGCUGCUGCAUCGGGAGGUAUGAGUGGAAUUUUGGAUAAAGAUUCCAAAAGCGGAAACUCUACGAGCGCACCUAGCGGUAGUUCUUCUGGGUCGGGUGGAGUUUCGUCCUCGAAGCAGGGGGCCGGCAACAAUAAGGAAUCCGCAGAUCGCAUCGAUAUGCCACCUCCACCAUCCCCGGCUUCCAGUACAUGUAGUGAUACCGGCAGUGUGACAAAUUCUCACAAACGUCCUAAGCGUAUGACACCGAAGGAAGAACCGGAUCCAAAGAAGGACGAAGAACAAUGGUUAUUGAAGGACGUAAUCUUCGUCGAAGACGUUCGCUCCGUACCGAUUGGUCGCGUGCUAAAGGUUGACGGUGAUUUUGCAGCUGUAAAGUUUCCUCCUGCGCCCGGUUCAGGCGGUUCCAUGUCAUCAUCGACCAAUAGUGGCAGCAACAGUAAGGAUAAAUUUGACGAUAGCAUCGAAGCUUGGCAAGACUGUCGAUUGCUGCGCAAGGACGAUUUGCAGGUGAUAAAAUCUGCGACAACACCACGCGUUCCCGAUUGCUUCCAAAAGAUACCGCGUCGCAUUGUGCUUAACCCGACCGCUUCGUCAAGUAGCAAUAAUGAUGCAAUGGGAGGUACCUCUCAGUUGCUAACCAUUGCGGUAGAUCCUAAGGGCAUACAUGGUAUUAUGAAAACAGCCAACAAUCGACUCCACUAUUCAUUGUUCAACUUGAACACUGGCCGACAGGAACAGGAUAGUGUAUUCCCCACUGAUAUAGGGUCAUUCCUCGGCGCUUCGAUGCAGGACGUGUCUCUGACCUGUGUUGGUGAUAGUUCAGACAGUGUACUACUGCUUCGCGACGGUAACAACACGAUCUAUCCGAUGGCGAAGGAUUGUGUGGAUGCAAUACGAGACCCGAGUUGGCUCGAUCUACCACCGAUAAAGUGCAUUGCCGCAGCAUCCCUUACGUUACCCUCGGUAGGUGUCAAUCUAAAGUCGCAAGUGGCACUGGUGGUUUUGGCUCCCGAGCAGCAGUUGCUCAUGUCAAAGAUUCUGCGUUGCGAUAUUGAAGGCGUACGGCAACUGCUCACACAUAUUGCGGCGGAAGGGCCAGAACAGAUGAGGAAUUCGCUGACAUCGAUGUUGGCAGAGCACACGGACGGUAAUAGAAACAUAAUCCACGCAUGCAUUAGCACGUGCUCACCGACAUCGAAUCGAGAGCCUGAUUUUGUGGCCACUGGUAGUGGAUCCAAUGGAAACGGAGGUGCAAAUGGUGGAAGCGGUUCCACGGCAGGAGGAAAUAAUUCGUCCGCUGGCCUCGAAUCGAUCAAUGUCAUAACAAACACGAUGAUAGGCAAUCGACCGGUUAGCAUUAGGGAGAUCAUGCGUCGUAAUGUAGGCAAUCGUGAAAUGGAUAGUGCUAGCAAUAGCAACGCGAUCGUGUCAAAUAAUGUGCAGGGUGGAUUGGCAGUUCCUAUUCCACCAGGUUCUGAUGAUCAACCUCCGGUGUUGAGCGCGAACUCUAUGCCAGUAGUUUACUGGCCGUCGGAAUACGAUCCAACGAGCGGAGACGACGACAGCCUUGGUGGACUGAACAACACCAUGUCUGGCACGGGAAGUCAUCAGCAGCAACAGCAUCCAGGAGCACUUGCUAAUCAACAAACGAUCUUUACGUCGCAAAAAUCGUUGACAACGAUUCCAGAAAUGUACGUAUCCGAUCCGAAUGAGCGGCGCCAAAAUGCACAACUUGUUUUGCAACUACUAUGCGAAAGUCCUGUCCUGCAGCCACAUUUGCGUGCACUAUUGAGCGCCAAAGAUGCUCAAGGUCAGACUCCGUUUAUGCUGUCGGUAACAUGCCGUGCGUAUCAAGCGGGAAUUACAGUGUUCAAAGCCAUCCAGAAAAUUGCUAAUGGUGACGAUGUGGUGCGGGAUUCGAUGAUUUUCCCACCCGGAUCUUCACCAGAUCAAUCACCGCUCGGAAUACUGUGCUGCAACGAUACAUGCUCUUUCACUUGGACUGGAGCAGACCAUAUCAAUCAGGACAUCUUCGAGUGUCGCACUUGUGGAUUGACGGGUUCGCUCUGCUGUUGCACCGAGUGCGCCAAAGUGUGCCAUAAGGGACACGACUGCAAACUGAAACGUACCUCACCGACGGCAUACUGCGACUGUUGGGAAAAGUGCAAAUGCAAGGCAUUGAUAGCGGGCAAUCAGUCCAAGCGUCACGAUCUGCUGUGCAAGAUGGCUGCCGAAACGGAUCUGGUAACGCGCUUUAAUUCGCGCGGCGAAUCGAUUCUGCUAUUUCUCAUCCAGACCGUUGGUAGGCAGAUGGUGGAACAGCGUCAGUACAGAGCAACCUCGCGCGUUCGUUCAACGUCGUCUAGUAAUACGCGUAAAACACCCAACCUUGAGCCGGAUAAUGAAAUGCCCGAGCACAAUCUAGAACCGCCUCGUUUCGCCCGCAAGGCAUUGGAUCGGCUGCUUAAUGAUUGGCCAGCCGUACGCGCGAUGAUCAUGACUGGGGCUGAGCAUGAGAAACCGAUCGUACCAAAUGCAAACCAGCAACCGUUCUACGACGACGAUAACCAGCAGGUGUAUCUGCAAUCACAGAGCGGCACCUCACUUUUAGAUAAGUUUACGCAUAGUCUGAUCGUUCGUUGCAGUAGCGACCCUCUCGAAAAGUUGCUUAUGACACUCGUGCAUGAACUACAGAACGAUUCGAUUCCGGGGCGUGUAGAAGAGGCCCAGAAGGUAGCUCGCCGUUUCGUACGAUCUGUCGCGCGCGUAUACGUCAUAUUCAGUAUCGAACGGUUCCAAAACCCGGAGAAGCAACGUAAUUCCACGACGCAGACAAAGCAUCUGCAAGCAUAUCGGCGGGUAUUUACUGCACUGUUUAAAUUCGCCAUCGAAGAGCUUGUUGAGAUAGCAGAUGCACUCAUUACGCCGGUACGGCUGGGAGUCGUAAAGCCUAUUGCGCCGUUUAAUCUGUCGUCAAACAAUAUCGACAGCACUGAUGAAUUGUUCUCAGUUGAGCCGUUAGCACCGCCAACGAAUCGCUCCAAUGCCGCUGGCAUUGCACAGAUUACUAAUAACACAGCCAAUGUACAUCUCGGGGUGGACCCAUUGGAUAGCGAGCGUUCGUCAUCUGGGUUCAUUUCGCGCAUUAACAUUCGUCUGGGCGAUAUCGAAGAUAAUAACGAUGCGGAUGCGUUAGUGCAAGACGAUGGUGAAACUUCGGAACAGGAAGAUAUGGCGGAACGCGAACAACCGCCGCCAAGGCGCUCUUCUUCGCUACGACCAGUUACUAGCGCGGUUUCCAUGAAUGCUGAGGAGGAAUCACAAGAUCUGCUGCGAAGCGAAGAAAAUGCCCAGGGCGAAAGUGAUAACGAGUUCAAUUUCCAUGAGGCUGAAACCGAAUCCGAUUCUGAUGAUAAUCAGAGCACCCAGGAUGCCCAACGGAGCGUUCAAACAGGAGCAACUGCCGGUUCCGAUACAGGACUAAACUCCUUGCUGUUCGACAACGAAGACGAUUCCGGGGAUUCAACCCAACCAGACGAUGAAGGUUCGGAAGAUGGUGAAAGUGAUGAUCAGUCCACUGUAGAUUUCAACCUGAACGACGAUCAACUCGAACGCCGUCAGACACCAGGUGGAAACCAGCGCAACAAUCUUGCCCCGCAGUCAAUGCAGUGGGCCAUACGCAGUCGCGAAACAACCGCCCCAGAGCGGGUACGUUUGACAGCGGGCAGCUCCAAUUUAGUGUUCAUUGAUCCGAGUUCGUUGCGUCGAUCGACUACCGCAGUAACGACUGCGCAGCAACAAGAAUCCCCUACGAUGACUACAACGGCCAGUGCGCUCGCCAGAGCGUUCGGUAUUAUUUUGCGACAAAUUUCCGAUCUGAUUGGUAUGUUGCCAACCAGCAUUAGUGGUUCCUCGUCAGUACUCGAUGUCACUCAUCAGGACGCUGUACAGCUACAAAUGUAUGUUGAAAAGCGGCUGAAGCUUACGUGGGAGUGGAUAUUAACCGUGAUGGAAGCAACCGAAGCUCAAUUGCGCUUUGGAGCUUCAUUGACUGACUCUACAGAUCCCUCGCAUCCGCUGCACCCGCUCAACAUUCCGUCUUCAUCGAGCACUAAUGAAGCAGCACCGUCCGCAAUGAUUGGUGUUACGACAGGAAGAAGUAGAGCCACGAUCAGCACGCUCGGCACAGCAACCACAGCGCGUAACCUAGGAUUUGCCGAUAAUGAUCGCAACACGCGAGAUGGUGGUUCUUCUAUGACGGCAGAUUCGGAAUCCAGCCGACGUGAUUUUCUCACUUACUGCCUUUCAUUGAUGCGAGCCCAUAAUUCAGAGCACCGUGACUCAUUGCCAGUGUUGGAUGUGACGGCGCUGCGCCAUGUAGCAUACGUGCUUGAUGCUAUCCUGUUUUACAUGCGUGCAACAAAUGAUUGUGAUCUCGACCGUACAACAAACGGUUCAAACGUUUGGGACGAUCAGGAUGAGAACGAGAAUGAAGAAGCGGAAGCGGAUAUUUCUACUUCAAUCUUCAUGGAUACCGAUUCCGUCGACGAGGACAUGCUUAGUCGACCGUCACUCGGUCGACGUCAUUCGUUCUUCCAGCGAUCGGACUCAACACUCUGUCUCGGGUGUCCUGCACCGGAUCCAUUCAACACACCGCUGAUUGAUGCGUUGCCCUUGGCGGAUCAACCACAUCGUUUGCAGCCCACGGCAAAGCGUGAAGAUCUUUUCGGCAUGCCAAAGUGGCCAAUUACGCUUGCACCGGGUGUCAGUGCUAGUUCCGGUAGCAGUGGUUUGCAGCAUCAAAACAAUUCCUAUCCAGGUCCGUCGGAAGGCGGGUCCGGUGGUGUUGGGGGUAUCACUAAUCUUGAACUACCUCCCGUUCGGUUAAGUUUAUCGUCUUCGAUUCGACACGAAAUGAGCAACAGCGUAGUUGCCGCAGGAAUUAUUGUCGAUCCGACGGAAGCUUUGUACCCAGAGUCACAACAGCAGCAGCAUCAACCAUCCAGUCAAGAUAACACCGUAGCUUUUAUCGAUGGAGGUGUCGCACAAACCGAACCGAACACGGACUCUCGUGUAAGGGUAGAAAUUUCUCUUCCCGUAGGAAUUUAUCAAGCUGCGGCGAGCGGAUCGGGAACUGUUGGAACCGGGUCGUCUAUCAAACAACAGGAAAUGGACGCCAGCGGGCUUGGUGGAACAUCCGGAGGAAGUAGCAGUAAUAGUGGCAGUGGAGGUAGUAGCACGACAUCAUCGAAAUCGAAUGAAACGCAUUCUCCCAAACCUCCUCCCCCGCCUCCACCGCCAAUAAGUGGUGGGAACAGCAGCGGAAGCAAUAGUGCCAGUGGUCCUACUGGUAGUGGCAGUAGCGCUUCGACCACAACGUUCUCGGAGGUUUACUACAAAAAGAACCGGCUGUUCUAUCUGAAGAGCAACAAAUACAGCGAAGAAUCCGACGUCGAUGAAGUGAGUAUCAGUUCGGAUGAGCCACAGGACUUGUCGCAAUCGUCGAUUAAAAUCGAUGUCGAUACGGAUCAGGAUCAUGAUGAGCUGUCGGAGUCGGAUUCGGAGGAUUCGCGGCAGCACUCCUCGACGACUGCCAAGCGCCAGAAGCUGGACGAUUCUGGAAACGAUAUGGGUGGUGGCAUUGGAGGCAAUCCGACGACUGCAACGAUAACGAUGUCGCUACAGCAAGGAAGCAGCGGUGAAGGUGGUGUGGUUGGCCAACAGCAGUCAUUACAGCAACAGGAGCCCUCGUCUGCUAUACGUCCUCCAAUUAUUGUCGCACGUAGAAAGGUUGCUGCCGGAUCGGGUUCGGGCCCCACAUUAGACGGAUCUUCGGUCACUCUAGCACAAGGUUCCGCUCCUACGGACGUUGCAAUGUCUGGGGAACAGCAGAUGGCCGGAGUUGCAUCUUCUUCUUCCUCGGGCCCUUCAGUUUCCUUCGCUAAUCCGCUGGUAACGAUUGGUAAUACACCGGCAGGAACAUCUCCUGGCAAGAGUGUGAUUGUUCGUGCUGGUCCUUCGUCCACGGUGUUUGCCGCGGGAAAUAUGGGUAGCAGUAGCAGCAAUUCUGUCGAUUUAAUUCAAUCGGCGGAAGCGAUGGAUAUACAGGAAAUAUCAGCUCACGUAACAGUCGAAACAACACCGAAUGUACUGCCGACUGCCUUACAGCCCGAAAUGCCUCCACGGGGUAUCUACUUGCGUGGUUCGUCAGCUAUGUCUUCAUCGAUCUUGUCCGACAUACUGCUGGGUCGCUGGCGUUUGUCGUUAAUUCUGUUUGCUCGCGUCUUCCUUGAAGACGUUGGCGUUGAACCAGGCAGCGUAAUCUAUGAGCUGAACGGAUUCCCCGUAAAGGAGACAAAAUUCCGACGCUAUAUGGAGAAGUUGCGCUGCACGACACAAAAAGAUUUGACAUUACUAAAAAUGGAGCGCAAUAGAGCGGCCCUGCUGACGCAGACCUUCAAGGAGCUGAAUGUGCUUUACAACAACCGACGAGUACAGCAGCCGCUGGUAUUUAACAGGGUAAAGGUUACGUUCAAGGACGAACCUGGCGAGGGUUCCGGUGUGGCUCGUAGCUUCUACACUGCUAUCGCCGAAGCACUGCUGGCUAAUGAAAAGCUGCCCCCGCUCGAGGUUGCCCAAACUCCGGCAAAGUACGGAGCAGGACCGUUCAACAGCAUGUUACGCCAUCGUGGCAGCAGUGGUGGUGGCGGUGGUGGUGGUAGCGGUGCCAGCAGCGGCGGAGGAGGAAGUUCGAGUGUAGGUGCUGGUGUUGGUGGAAGUGGAGGAGGCAGUAACGCGCCCGGUAGUGGUGUUGGUGGAAGUGGAAGCAGCAGUAGCUCCCGUCGGGGACUCUCCAGCAAACAACCAUUGUGGCGCCCGAAUCGUGAAUCUCGCAAAACGCUCAACUACGAUGCACGUCCCUUCCGACCGGCGAAUGAACAGAACGUGUCAGGGGUAGGUGGUGGUGGAGGUGCCAGUCCUACCCUUCUAAACGUUGGUGAAGUAUUUUCCGUGCAACAGCAACAGCUAGGUGACAGGCUCUAUCCAAAGGUACAACUGCAGCAUCCAAACAACGCAGCCAAGAUUACGGGAAUGUUACUUGAGUUACCGCCAACGCAAGUGCUGCAUUUGCUAGCAUCGGACGAAAACUUGCGCCAGCGAAUUAGUGAAGCGGUGGAGAUAAUCGUGCAACGUCAGCGGUUAGAAAUGGACAACCUUUCCAACGGUGGAAACCAAUCGGCAUCAUCUGGUGGUGGUACCGGCUCGUCGGCAGGACAAGGAGUUUCAUCCUCUCUAGGUAGUUCCGUGUCACUGGCGGGAACUAGUGGCGGCGGAUCAUCAGGUUCGGGAUCGGGCACAGGUAGCGAUCAAGUUGUGGGCAGUGGCAGUAUUACUCCCAGCGGUGGCUACAACAACAUCACAGGACAAGGCACCCCGUCGUUAACGAAGAAAUGUGCCCCUGUGUUACUGCUGGAAGACUGUCAGAUGGAUGCACCAUUGUUCUACACACCGGGUAAACGUGGUUUCUAUAGCCCUAGGCAGGGAUAUCCUUCCAGCGAUAGAAUGAACGCGUUCCGCAACGUAGGCAGAUUGAUAGGAUUGUGCUUGCUCCAGAACGAACUGUUCCCGCUGUUCCUGCAACGGCACGUACUGAAGUUCAUUCUUGGCCGACAGAUUCGCUUCCACGAUUUAGCUUUCUUCGAUCCGGUAUUGUACGAGUCUCUACGGCAGCUAAUAAAGGAUUCGCAAACCAAAACAGGAGGCAUCAGCAUGUUGCAGAGCCUUGAAAUGAACUUUGUGAUUGACCUCAUGAUGGAGGAAGGCUCGGGAACGGUAGAACUGGUACCGGGCGGACGGGACAUUCAGGUUAACGAGAACAAUGUGUACGAUUAUGUGCGUAAAUACGCAGAAUAUCGUAUGAUCAAAACGCAAGAAAAGGCAUUGGAAGCGAUUCGCUCCGGCGUGUUUGAUGUACUGCCCGAUACGGCACUGGAUCAACUGACCGCUGAAGAUCUGAGAUUGUUGCUCAACGGUGUCGGCGAUAUUCAUGUGGCAACGCUCAUUUCCUACACGGCGUUCAAUGACGAAUCCAACGAACCGAGCGAUAAGUUAACCAAAUUUAAGCGCUGGCUCUGGAACGUGGUUGAGAAAAUGACCAACCUUGAGAGACAAGAUUUGGUUUACUUCUGGACUGGUUCGCCAGCGCUUCCUGCUUCCGAGGAAGGAUUCCAACCGAUGCCAUCGGUGACAAUACGUCCGGCAGAUGAUUCUCAUCUUCCGACCGCGAACACGUGCAUCUCCCGGCUGUAUAUUCCGCUCUACUCAAGCAAAGCAGUCUUGCGGCACAAACUCCUGCUAGCGAUCAAAACAAAGAACUUUGGAUUUGUGUAAAAAUGGCUAAAUCAAGUACGAUAGAACGGUAACAGAUAGAUAGAGUGACAGAUUGCGAUAGAACAAGAAUAGAAAAGAAUGGAAGAAAAAAAUAAUAAUGCACUGAUUAUAGUUUGAAGAGGGAAAGCAUGUUUCCUUAAAUGCUACCGUACACUCGAACCCCCAGAUAUAGGGACAAUUCGCGAUUAGCAUACUGUAGCAAGGCAAUAUUCAUAGUUUUUUCUGUGGUUAUUAACGAAUGUUCUUUUGAUCGGAUGAUUUCACGAUCACUUAUCAGCUACGAAGUUGUGUUUCGUUUAGUUUUUGUGUUAUACCUUUCUUGUAGUUAAUUCUGCAACUAUAAUAAGCUGUAAGCAAACAAACAAACAUAAAAAAAACACUUGGUCUUUGCUUUCAUGAACAACUUUUGAAUUGCAAGGUUCGAAAGAGGGAAUGAAACACAAGGAACAAAUUGGUAGGUUUAAUUUUUGCGUAUUAUUUAGGGUGAUACUAGCAUAAACAUAACGAAAAUUGCCAAUGAUGGGAAAUCAUCGAAUCGCCAUGCAACGGUUAUGAUUUCUCUUUCGUCACAAACUGUGUAAAGGGAUCUUGAAAAGAAAAAGCAAUUGUACACAAAUACACCGUUAUCCACAAGUAGACGAAUGUGUGCGCCACAACGAGAAUAGAUAGCGAUAUAGCUGCAGAUUGGUAUAAUUGGUCAUGGGUAGCGUAACAGUUAGCACACCAGAGAGAGUCAAACAGAGCGCGCACAUUGAAUUGGAAAUAAUCUAUGGUUGGAAACGUUACACCCAAACUCUACAACAAAACUAUGAGAAUACAUAUGCGCUAACACAUAAUGUUCUUUAAGUAUGUUUUUUUUUUGGAUGUGUACGUCUCCAGCAGAGCUCUACCGUACUUUCACCUUUGUUUUUAAACAAAUUUCACAAUUUCGAAUUGCGUCGUGAUUUGGGGUUUCAUUUGAAAAAGUUAAAUGAUACCGGAAAUAAGUAAGGCAUGGACAUGGAAAUAGGAUGAAUAGGAAACUAGAGUAUUUAGGAUUACUACUACGCCUACGAAUUACAGGAUCAGCGUAUCCGCGAGUGUAACAGAAGCAUGAAAAUAUUAUAACAAAAUCGAUAUCUUUGAAUAUAGAUAUAUAUUUAUAAUCGUACAACAUAAUGGUCAAAAUUCUUCUUACAAACGUUCCAUGAUUUGUCAACAUAUGUUACUAUCUGUGCAAAACAUUUUCCAUGUUUCAACAAGUUUGUUUUUUAGCUGUCACACUUUAAAGUCGAUUGUAAACGAUUGUGCCAGUGCAUAACACCUUUUUUUCUGGUCGUGUUGCACUACUUCCUUUUGCACAUCAGAAAAUCGAAGGUAUUUCAUUUCACUUGUGGUUUCUCUACGAAAGAGAUCUUCUUAGACGGAGCAAUCGCGAAUAACAUAAAGUGGGCGAUUACGGGAAAACACUGACAGAACGGUGUUUCCAAUUUAACCUAAACGGUGGACAAUAUACAGUGCAUCUCAAGCGUGCAACAAACCAGUGAUAGCUGCAAUGGUCGGAGGUGAAUGUCCUAAUUGUAGAUAGCAAAGCACUUGCGACGGUUACAUAAACAAUAAGCAUCCUAGUAGGCAAAAAUCCGCUGCAACGAAUGACUGUAUCAAAGUAGUCGGCGUUAUGAACGAAUUAUUUGGCGUGUGUUUAGCAAGGGACACCUUACCCACACAGCUUACACAGAUUGUCACAGACACCCGAGCACGAUUAUUUGCCACCUUUUGGUUCCCUGCUAGCGAAUGUGGUUUUGGACUGUGUUGAAAUGGAAUGGUCUGCAUGUAUCGAGCGUAUGAUCGUUAGCGUUCUGAAACACGACCGGUGUGAAUGGAGAAGAAGAUUGGUGCCGGAAGGAAUUGAAAACAUAUCGUGAGGAUCAGCCAUCGAUUGGAAUGUUCGACACCUAUCGUAAGUGAAAUGCAAAUACUGAGAAUUCGUGCACUUAAACUAUAAUUUAAAUUGUUCAAAAUUGACCCCCCUUCAUCAUUAGCGCCUGCAUGGUAUUCUUUGCCGUAAGCUAAUGGAACAUUGCCGGUUGCCCACGAUAAAGGGCAAGUACCGAGUAGAAAGAGUAGAUAUCGACUCAACUUACAUCAUGGUAGUAGUAGUAGUACUAUGGUUUGAUGAAGCGGCAUAUUAAAUUUAUCAAUUUUAUGGAAUACAUGCAAUCGUG